CUGAAAGAAGAAAUAAGGAGUGAGAUUUUUCAGAAAAGGGAAAAACAAGGAGAAAAAUCCAAAAAUGGCGAGCGCUCUUUUCUCGACUUCUCUCUUUGUCUCUCCUCCGAGUAGAGAAGUAAAAGGAUAUAGAAGGAUUCUUCCGAGCUCGUUCUACGGAAAUGUUGUACAUCUCACGAGCUUGAUAAGAAGAGAAGGUAGUCGCAGCUCUGGGAGAUGUAACGUGGUCGCUUCAGUGCUAGGUAGAAGGGUCAAGAAGAGAGAAACUGUGAUCCCCGAUCCAGAUUAUCGAAUACCGGUUGUUUUACUGGGUUUAUCUGGUGGGUUAGUGUAUACAAAUAAUCUUCUGCCAGCUGCACCAAUUGGUCUCCUUGGUUUGCUCCUAUUAUUCCAGACAACAAGAGUGAGAUUCGUAUUUGAUGAAGAUGCCCUGGAGGUAAAAAUAGGUAAUCAGCUUCAGGAGUCAGGUGAAAAUGUCUUUGUUGGUGGACAGAAUCGUUGGAAAUAUUCAACUUUUGUGAAUUGGGAACUCUGGUGGCCGAACUUUCCAAUCUUGGUGUAUUUUAAGGAGACACAAACAAGGCCUGAAGGACAAGUACACUUCUUUCCUGUAAUUUUUAAUGGCAAGCAACUUUAUGAUGUUAUGGUUGAGCGAGCUGGUCCUUCUAAGACAAGUGGGCCCAAGAAUUCUUGAAGAUAUGUUCAUCCUUCUUAGGACAGAAGUUGGACAUUGUGGAUGGUUGACAGUUGCAUGAAGGAAUUUUUAGGAACAUUUCCCUCAACCUUCUGUUUCUCCAAACAUAGCCUCUAUUCCAAGCGUGGCACCAAUUUUUUUUAUCAGGUUUCUGUUGGCACAGCAAAAGUCAUUGAUUCUAGCUAAAUCCAAUAACAAAUAUGUCCUAUUUUGUAUGAAAUGUUCUCUGGUUGCAUGACUUUUCCAUCAUUAAUAAAUUCACAAGUUUCCAUGAGAAAUACUUUCUUGCACCAAGCAAUAAAGGAUUUGCAGUAACACCAAUACUAUCU